AUCAAUAAUUUGAUAUCUACAUUAUAGUCUUCCGUUGAAGUCAGAAAAUAUCAGUUACCAUUUACUGCCUUACCAUACUGAAAAUAAAAAUACACAUUGUGAUGAUGAAUUUUAUGUCACUAAUUGACCAAUAAGAAUACGAGGGUGAUGAUAGAAACUUAUAAACACGUUAACAUAACCAAUGAAAUACGUCUGUCACACAACUAGGACACAGCCAGUAACGUUUACAGUCGUCGUUAAUUUAAUUUUCUACCUUACUCUCUUCUUCUUCUUCCUCUUUUUCUCUCAUAAACUUUUUUUUUAAUAUUUAAUUUUAACAGAUCUGGUGGAAUUUUUAUUACCUAUUGACCCCACACCACUGGAUCUCUCUCUCUCUCUCUCUCUCUCUCUCUCUCUUCUCUCUCUUUAUACAUUCAUCAUCAGUUUUACAGAGUAAAACGAAGGAUCAGUCAUGAAGAAUUGUGAGCGCAUCGCUAAUCUCGCUCUCGCAGGAUUGACAGUGGCACCACUUGUUGUGAGGGUGAACCCAAACUUGAAUGUUGUUCUUACAGCAUGCCUCACUGUUUACGUGGGUUGCUUCCGUUCCGUUAAGGAUUCUCCUCCAACUGAGACGAUGUCGAAAGAACAUGCAAUGCGUUUCCCAUUGGUUGGGAGUGCUAUGCUUCUGUCCCUUUUCUUAUUGUUCAAGUUUCUCUCCAAGGACUUGGUCAAUGCUGUCCUCACUGCUUACUUCUUCGUUCUUGGGAUCGUCGCUCUUUCGGCGACAUUGUUACCUGCAAUCAGCAGGUUUCUUCCAAAACCUUGGAAUGACAAUCUUAUCGUCUGGCGUUUUCCCUACUUCAAAUCUUUGGAGGUAGAGUUCACAAAGUCCCAAGUCAUUGCAGGAAUCCCUGGAACCUUCUUCUGCGCGUGGUAUGCUUGGAAGAAACAUUGGCUGGCUAACAAUAUCCUUGGCCUUUCCUUCUGCAUUCAGGGAAUUGAGAUGCUCUCUCUUGGAUCAUUCAAGACUGGUGCCAUCCUUUUGGUAGGACUGUUUUUCUAUGAUAUUUUCUGGGUUUUCUUUACUCCAGUUAUGGUUAGUGUUGCCAAAUCCUUUGAUGCUCCGAUCAAGCUUUUGUUCCCUACGGGCGAUGCUCUAAGACCCUACUCUAUGCUUGGGCUUGGUGAUAUCGUCAUCCCUGGUAUUUUUGUUGCACUGGCUCUAAGGUUUGAUGUGUCAAGACGUAGUAAACCACAGUACUUCACAAGUGCAUUUGUGGGAUACGUUGCUGGAGUUGUCCUCACCAUUGUUGUCAUGAACUGGUUUCAAGCUGCACAGCCUGCUCUGUUGUACAUUGUCCCCGCCGUCAUUGGGUUCUUGGCUUCUCAUUGCAUUUGGAACGGUGACAUUAAACCGUUGAUGGCUUUCGAUGAAUCCAAGACUACUGAGGGAGAGGUUGAUAAAGCCCAUGAAGAAUGAAGACAGUGGAGAAAGAAGGGCAGAGGAGUAACAUUUAUACACAUAAAAUGUGUUUUUAUAUGUAUGGAAGAAAAAAAAAGAGAUGGAAAACAUUUUUUUGUUUCCAAUGAUCAUCAGUCCCUUCAAAAAUAGUUCUCACCCUUUUUUUGUUCUUUUUAGAUUUUCAAACAUCUUCUUGCAAAGACUUAUGUAAGUUAUACAAGUUACAACAGGUUUUUCUUUAACUUUUAAAGAUACUACUACUAGGUUUUGUUUCCUUUUACUUCA